CAUGUGUUGUUGGUAAUUCUUACUAUAAGAAUGACAUAAAGGUAAUGGGUGUGCAUGGUUGGCUCGAUAAUGCCAAUACCUUUGAUACACUAGUGCCCCUCUUACCACUUGGGGUGGAAGUGUUGGUAUUUGACCUACCUGGACAUGGGUUAUCGGACCACAUGCCUCUUGGGGCUCGCUAUGACAUCUUUACAUAUGUCUUCAGUCUUCAUACAGCAGUUAGGAAAUUAGAAUGGAAAAAAUUUGUUUUCAUGGGCCACAGUAUGGGGUCAGCAAUAUCUUGCUACUUCAUAGCACUUUUCCCAGAGUAUGUGGGGGCAUUCAUCAGUCUUGAUCUCAUUAAACCAGUUAUACGUACAAGCAGGUUAGAAAGUUUCCGUAAUGAUGCAUUGAAACUUUUUAAAACAGAAGAUGAAAAAAGGCAACCUAUUGUGUAUUCCGAGAGUGAAGCAAUAGAUCGUCUAACGGCAGCACGAUAUAUGGGAGGUGCCAACAGUAUUCAAGAUUCAGCCCACAUACUACUUCUCCGGUCUGGUAGGAAAGUUGAAGGAGGCUAUGUCUGGAAUCAUGAUCCAAGGGCUUACUCAAACUUCAAUGGUCUAUUUUAUGGUAAUAGUAUAUUCUUGGAGGCCAUAUCUUCAAUUACAUGCCCUGUCAUGAUUGUUCGUGCCUCAAAAGGAAUGUGUAAUCUUCCAGAUUCAGUUUACAGAAAAGAAUUAGAUGUAUAUCAGAGUAAUGCACAGUGGCUUGAUAUUGCCACUGUGGAAGGCACACAUCACGUGCACCUAUCUCAUCCAGAACGGGUUGCCCCAUUAGUGUCAGGCUUUCUCCAGAAGUUGGGUCAAAGUUCCCCAAAAGAUAUAUAUUCCAAACUCUGAAAAUGAAAAGAUAUAACCAAAGACAAGACUGUAGCUACUCCUGGGUUGUGCUCUGGGGGCAGAUAACCACACACUAUAAAUAAUAACUGAAAAUUAAUUGCACAGUACAAGGUACAGUUGUCUCCACUUCAGCAUUUACUACUUAGCAUUGCCAAUCUUCUUUCUCCCAGAGGUGUGAACCCUGAAAUUUUAAGUAUGAAUUUGAAGCAUUUGCUUGAAAGCUGGAGGGGUAAGUGUUUUUUCUCUGUGUGUGUAGGGGGGGGGGGUACUGGGGGUAAAACUGGAAAGUUUAUAUCAGUCGAGAGAGAUUACAAUGCAGGAUAAUGCUUUGGCAACACUGUACUGACAGGGUUUCCUUAACUGAGUUAAAUCGUCUGGCACUAGUCAAAUGAAAAUACCUGUGGUAAAAACAAUAAGAUGAGAGAGGGAUGAAUGCAUGUUCUAAGUAAGGAUUUCAUUUGCAAAAGGGGACAUUUAUGAGCAAAUGGAUUAUGAAUCUGUCUUUUAGAAGCAGCGAAAAUUUAUUUAACCCCUUGACUACGAGAUGGAACCUCCCCAGCUAAAUAAAAUCGUCUGGUGGUAACCAGAAUAAAAUAGAUUAGAACACAUCUUACUGAAGGGAUUAAUUUGAAAUCAAAACAUCCAUGAAAUGGGCACCACAUAUUUAAUUGUAAAAUAAACUUGAUGUGAACAAAAUAGCUCAGAAAACCAUACGGGGGUAAAUUGUAGUUCAUUUGUGCCAAACAGUGAGGUGAAAGGGUAAAAACAUAUUACAUUACUGUAUUAUAUAAUUAUUAAUGCAGUAUUAUUAUUAUAAUGAAAUAUGAAAUUUAUGGUGCAUUUAUGUUGAGAAUACAAAUACAAGUGAUACCCAGUAUUUCAAGCAGCCAGGAUGUGGAAGUUGUUAGUCUUAGCUACUCGUUCAUAUUAUUAAAUGUUAGAUAGUUGCUGUAUUUUACGGCACAUAAGACGCACCCCCCUUUUCAGCAGGGAACAUUUAGGGAAAAACUUUUGUGUGUAUUUUCCUGUUGUAGCCAUAGUUUUCUUAAAAUGAUAUAUACAGUACAGUACUGGUAAAUGUGAGGAAUAAAUAAGAAUAAUACCAAUAAGUAAGUUACAAAAAAAAAUACUGUACUGUAUUGCCAUACCAAUAAAUAAAACCCUCCGCCAAUUCCCUAGCAAUACCCCCCGCCGCCAAAACACUGCGUACUCCUGCCGCUCCUCCACUUAGCCAGCUAACUCGUGUGCAAAGACAUAUAUAUAUAUACAAGUAUUCCCUUUAUUUGUUUGCCCUUAGAACAAUUAUUUCUUUAUUUCUUUUACUUUUUUCACAACGUGUAUGUAGGAUGGUGUGCGCAUGAAACUGAGUAAAAAUAAAUGAAGAAAGUUACGUAUAUCUACCCAAAAAUACGAGUAGAAAGGCAACCAUAACACCACAGCUUGGCCUAGUAGUCUGGUGGUUACAGGGACGAGUUUAACCUGGCUACAAUGCUGCAAGCGAUGUUAACAGAUGCAAAUGUGAAAAGAGAGUUGUCUGUAAAUCUUUAUUUGUAUCAGAUAUUUGUUAAUAUAAAAAUAAAUGUUGCAGGUAUGGCAUUAAUAGAUCUUAAUGCUUGUAAGAGUUCGGGAAUGGUUGCUGCUUACCUGUAGUUCCCUCUGAAGAGUUGGGCGUCUGCCGUACGAACGUUACUUGUCUCAGGUUAUCAUCAUUAGUACAGUAGUUAUAAAUCAAGGUUUUAUAUUUGCAAUACUGUACCGGGUAAUUAUUUUUUAAUUAAUUAAAAAUAAUGUGUUAGUAAGCAAUAACAUAUUUUUAAUUCUGGAGUUGGGUUAGGUAGAAUUUUACCGACUGAAGACAGCAACUGGGGGAUUCAUUAGCUUACGGGAGACUGCAACUUCAUAUACAGUAUAUAGGAUACAGGCUGAUUUUUUAGCAAUUUUUCAGACAAAAAAGUGCGUCUUAUACGCCGUAAAAUACGGUAGUUAGUAGUCCUUUUCCACACAUUCUGCCUCAUCAAAAUGAGAAGACAUAACAUUAUUCUUAUCUGUAAAUUGUCUGCAGUGAUUCAACCACCAGCAACCUAGAGUAGAAAUUGGUUGGGGGAGUGAGGAGUUGAGUGCAAAACAUACAAUAAACUUUAUUACUUUAAGCCUUCAAACAACAGCUGUAUUGCAUUGCACCAUAAAUUGCAAAUUUGAUGAUAUAUAUAUAUAUAUAUAUAUAUAUAUA